CAGUAGGACGCUGCGUAGCCUCGUGAUGCAUACGACGGAGAGCCCACUCCGUUCCCUCUACCGCUCUCCAUUUCGCUCGAAUUUGUGUAUUGCAUUACUGUGUACUUUGACCUUUAUGGCUCGGUAAAAAGAACUGGGAAAUAAGUCGUUUUUUCCCCUUAGGUUAGAUUGUUCCUUUACGCACUAUUCUAUUUGAUCGACCGUCAUUUUCUUUUCGUCAUCUGCUGAAAGACCGUGAGUGUUUAUCUGUUAUGUUUGUGCUGUGAACCGAGCGACCCAGCUUUUCCUACAUGUUAUGACUGACAGAAGUGUUGCGGCCUUGGGCUCUCCUGGAACUGAAUCCUCGCGGAUUAUGUGUUGAUGGUCAGGCCAUGCAUUGUAACAUGUUUUGAACUCUUCUGUAUUCUCCAAUCCUGAAGAUAUACAUGUUAGUAAAUAUUGUAGCAGUUUCAUUGUUUGAUUUUAGGCGACGAACUACUGUAGCUAGCUAAUCUGACUAGGAUGAGCUAGGUACACUAACGUUAAUUUAGCUGGCUAAACCUGAUGUACAGAUCAACCAAAAAUAACACGCAAAUGUUGGCUUGUUGGCGUCCUCCUAUACAGUCGGCUAUGUGUGAUAUAUUCUCACAUUGAGCAUGAAGUAGUAGUUAUUUAAUUGAUUGUAAUUUACUUGUAUUAGCCUAUAACCGGUUACUUGUUAGCUAACGUUAGUUUAGUUAAAUAUAGUUAACGUAGUCAUCUAACAGUAGCUAGCUAACGGUACCAAGCAGAAGUUAGCUAACUAGCUACGUCGACAACAGCAGGGAAUACGUUAUUUGUCUUCGUGGAUAGAUGGCUAACGUUAUGUUGAUAUAACUGGGCUUGCUAGCCAGUACCUAGCUAAGUGUAGCCAGGCCUUAUAGCAAAUGAUAACGUUAGGUUGUUUACGCUAACUAGCUAGCUAUGCAGUUCAGCUUGUUUUGUAAGAUUGUUAUGCUGCUACUUAACUAGGUUGUCUUUCACAACAACUGCAACGUUAACUUGGCUGCAGUGGCAGUAAAAAUGAACCAUGUCAUGAUGGAAUUAACUAGCUACAGUAGCUAGCUAGUUAGGUCUAUAUAAAGAACUGUUUACUUGAAUAUGUUUGCUGUACUUUCUGGUGUUGCUAACAAUAAUGGAUUUGUGACUUGUUUUGUGACAUUAGCUAGGUACUUGAAUAAUGAUAAUGUCAAAAGUAAAGAGAUGGGUUGUCUGCACAUUAUUAGUGUAUCUCUAUUGUCAGUUAGACUGUAGAUGUAAGAUAGAUAAAAGUUACCUAGUACUGGGCUAUCCUUUUUGGACAUUCAGUUUGUGGCUCAAAGGAAAUGGAACCUAUGCCUUCUGGGAAACAAUUCAGUGCGAGUCAGUAGUUGUCAGUCGUAGAAACUCUCUCUGGCAAUUUGUGAUUAAUCUGUUGAUAAGAGGAUCUACCCCAAGCCUGUUUAGCCUAUAGCCAUCCAGGCUCUAACAAAGGAGACUGUUCUACUGUUUCAAGUCCUAAUGAAAGUAGUCCAACCCCCAACAGAAAAUAGUUGAACUCAGUAUUGUGUUGAGAUGAUACCGCCAGUCUGCAGCCUGGCUCACACUAAAUCUUGGCACCACAUCACCCCAGUCCUCUGAACUCCACUGGCUCCCUGUCUCCCAAUGCAUUGAUUACAAAAUCCUCUUUCUGACCCCCCUACCUCUCAGACCUUCUUCUCCCCUACCUACCCACACGCGCACUCCGUUCGACCACAGCAGGCCACCUUGUCAUCCCUAGGUCAAAGCUCCAGAGCUUCGGCGACAGGGCCUUCUCCAGGGUUGCUCCUAGGCUCUGAAACUCCAUCCCUCCAGCCAUCUGUAACUCUUGAGUCCUUCACUAUCUUUCAGUCCCUCCUAAAGCACCCCCCCCACACACACACACACACACACACACACACACACACACAAGCAAAUAAAUACACUACCAAGACACUACUCUCUUCACCAUACCGAGCAGCACCAUAUCCAAAUCCCAACCCUACCCUCCCCAUACACUGAUAUAUCACACUCUUUCCCAUCUUUGAACCCACCCCACUCUUUAUUCACGGUUUUGUUUAGUCUGAUGAUUAUUUGGACUCCUGUUUUUUAUUUGUAAUUUUUUUUCUACAAUUGUAAAGUGACUUUGGGUCCUUGAAAAGUGAUAUGCAAGUCCCAUUUGUUGUUGUUAUUAUUAUUACAUACAGUACCCGUAGAACAGGUUUUGUGCCUCACUUAUUUUCCUGAGAAGAAAAGUUUACUGUUGCUUAGUUCUUUAUAGCAAUUACCAUGUUUCAGAUGUCACGUGAACUAGCUACAAACCUUUGUUGCUCUUACUUGCCCAACGUAAUCCCAUUGGCAACUGCAAGUUGAGCCAGUCAUGAUUAAACUAAACGCCAGCUUUCGCUCUCCCUCUCUCUAUCCUCCUCUACCACCUCUCUAUACCCCUCUACCCCCUCCCUCUCUCUUUCUCUCUCUCCCCCCUCUUCCUCUCUCUCUACCUCUCUCUCCCCCCUCUAGCUCUCUCUCUCUCCCUUUCUCUCUCUCCCCCCUCUACCUCUCUCUCUCCCCCCCACCUCUCUCUCUCCCUUUCUCUCUCUCCCCCACUCUACCUCUCUUUCUUUCCCUCUAUCUCUACCGCUCCACCCCAGGUGAAGGAAGACUACAUGACACACAAUAGGGAGCAGUGAUUGGACCUGUCAGUGUUUUCUCCGUCCGGCGGAUGAGUCCCCAGCUCAGCCCACAGCAGUGAUUGGGCUAGGUGCCAGAUAGGGAGCUGUAGCAGGGGGUGAUCAUGGCGGACGUGGACCCAGACACCUUGCUGGAAUGGCUCCAGAUGGGCCAGGGAGAUGAGAGAGACAUGCAGCUGAUCGCCCUGGAGCAGCUCUGCAUGUUACUGCUCAUGUCUGACAACGUGGACCGCUGCUUCGAGACGUGAGUCACCAACAUACACUGUCAUAUGUUGAUCUCACAAACAUCUCAGGCAUUAGUCAUACUGUUGAGUGGACAAUGCCGCGCUAAUACAAACUGCCUGUAAUGAUGGCACAAUCCUUUUUAUGUAGUUACUGUUGAGCCGUGCACAGAUGUUUAUAUAGCUAGUCCUCUCUUGCAAAAUAGAUUUUAUCUCAAUGAGAAUAACCUGUAUAAAUAAAGGUUAUAUAUGUCCUCCAGGUGUCCCCCACGCACCUUCCUCCCGGCCCUGUGUAAGAUCUUCUUGGACGAGAGCGCGCCGGACAACGUGCUGGAGGUGACUGCCCGCGCCAUUACAUACUACUUGGACGUGUCGGCUGAGUGCACCCGCAGGAUCGUGGGCGUGGACGGGGCCAUCAAGGCUCUGUGUAACCGCCUAGUGGUGGUGGAGCUCAACAACAGGACCAGCAGAGACCUGGCCGAGCAGUGUGUCAAGGUACACUUUUAUUUAGAAAAAUCGUCCUGACGAAGACCCAAUUUGGGCUUGAAACAUUCUCCUAUUAAACACUUUGGGAGCAUUACACCAGUGUGGGGAUUUUUUUUUUUUUUGUUCUACUUCAUAAAAACAAUUCCUUUGCCUUUUUUAUGUGAUCGACUCUUUGCUUCAGGUCAUAAACAGUGCAUAAAAUUAACACCCGCCAAAUGCGGGUAUAUUUAUAUUUAGUGCCAUUGACGGUAUUAACUGUAAAAUACCAUAUUUGGAGGAGGAUUUGUUUUUUUGGGGGGAAGUAUUACAUUUUACAGACUUCAACUAGUCACGUUGGCGGGUGGUCAAUUUGCAGGGCUCUACAGCAAGAGCAUUACAUUUGCAUUGGUGAAUAAAAAAAUAGUCAAAAGUCAAGUAUGACACCAAGAAAUACGAAUCCUACAUCCCACCUCGCGCAGCAACAGCUUUGUGCGCUGUGAAUGAAGCACUGAUAAAAGUUGGUCUAAUUUACUCAUGACCCACAAUUCAAUGCAAACUGUAGUCAAGUGUCAAACGAUGGUGGCCACGACGUGUCAUUAAAUCAACAUGGCUGCAUUUUCGGCAUGUGAGACAAAAUAAUGUUGCUAGCUUGCUAAAAAAAAAUUGAUAGAUGACAUUGAUUUUAGCGUUGGCAAAUUGGCUUAGUCUCGUUCUGAGGAGCCUAUAAAACCCAGUUAGCUUCAUAAAGAUAUUUCUUGGAAUUCUGAAAUGUAUUGGAAUAAAUGACCAAACUAUAAAACUAGCUAGCCAGCUAUGGGUAAGCUAGCUACGUUAGCUUGCAAGAUACAUGAAUAGCUUUAGGUUGGUUGUUUUUAAGCUCAAUUUCAAGAUUUCCAUCAAGGACGUUGCCUCUCCGAUCAUCACUCUCCCUCGCUUGGGCAAGGGACAUUUUAAGGUAUGGGCGGCAGGUAGCUUAGUGGUUAAGAGCGUUGUGCCAGUAACCGAAAGGUCGCUGAUUGCAGCCACUGUCUACUACUAGUCACAUCCCAAAUCUCACACACAGACACACCUGACAUUACUCCAGUGGCCCGUUACCACUGUAAAAUCCCACCCUUAAAGGGACAGCUGAACAUUUUGUCUCAUCUGAUAUUUUGGUUAAAAUAAAAUAUGAAAUUAAAUGUAGCAAUAUACCACAUUACUUCUUACUAAUACAUUUCUUGUUUUAGAAACAUUACAAAACAUGGUCAUCAGUUCUUUUAUGUAAUUAUGACAGAAAAUGAUUUUGGCUGGUAGAUUUUUUUCAUCUACCUGCCACAGUGGCUGGUGGAAGAAAAUAUCAAUUUUAGGCCCUGCAAGAGAACGUUCUCUCUUUACUUGAGACGUUUUUAUUCAAAUCACAAGAUGCAUAUGAGGAGUUUAUUCAAAUUAGGUCUUGAAUAUGUAGGUCAUAUUUCCUCUUUGUUAGUGUACACAACAAAUAUCUGGUUUAGGAAGGGUUUUACGUAUGUGGUAGAAUAUUACAGAACAUGCUCAUACUCAAAAGUAGUCAGGUGCAGAGUCCUCAUUGUAAAGUCCAUAGUAAAAGAGAUGGACCGCACAUCAUAAAUAAUGAAUGUAUUCUUCUGCUGACUUGUAUUUGUGGUGUCAUUUGUCAGGUGCUGGAGCUGAUCUGUACCAGGGAGUCUGGAGCAGUGUUUGAGGCUGGGGGUCUGAACUGCGUGCUGAGCUUCAUCCGGGACAGCGGUCAUCUGGUCCAUAAGGACACCCUGCACUCUGCCAUGUCUGUGGUGUCUCGCCUGUGCAGCAAGAUGGAGCCCCAGGACGCCUCUCUGGAGACCUGCGUGGAGUCCCUCUCCAGCCUGCUCAAACACGAAGACCACCAGGUGAAUGGGACACCCACUCAGGGGUCAUCGUGGUUGGUGGGUGGGUGGGUGGGGGGGGCGGUCAUCCAUGCACAUUGGUGGUGGAUUAAUGAGUUUUCCCCAUUUCUGUGUAAAGUGCUUUGAGCUACUGGAAAAGUGGUAUAUAAAUCCAAUUAAUCAAUUUUCAGCUUAAAGGUCUGGUUGCAAAUGAUUGCAUUGUUAUUGAUGAAAAUGCAAUCCAUUGAUCGACAGGUGUCUGACGGUGCUCUGCGCUGCUUCGCCUCCCUGGCGGACCGCUUCACCCGUCGAGGGGUGGACCCCGCGCCACUGGCCAAGCACGGUCUGACAGAGGAGCUGCUGUCCCGGAUGGCGGCGGCAGGGGGCACGGUCUCCGGCCCCUCCUCCACCUGUAAGCCAGGCCGGACCUCCACUGGGGCCCAACCCACCGCCGCCGACUCCAAACUCUCCAACCAGGUGUCUACCAUCGUUAGCCUGCUGUCCACGCUGUGCAGAGGCUCUCCCCUCGUCACCCAUGUAAGGACAUUUUACAUUUGGUCUUGUAAAAAUAAAUACAGUUACAAAUCAAAUUGCCAAUUGUUGGUACAAAAUACCUUUCUGAAUGUGAGUCUUUAAGGACCAGCCCAUAUCUCAAAGGGACUACUCCCUGAGAUAAGUUUUAUUAGAUGGCUUUUAUUUGAUGUCCUCAGCCUUCUUGUCAAAUUAUUGCAGUUUGAUUUUUGGUGGCUGUAUCUGGUGUUAUGAGCCCUCUGGGACACACUUCUGUAUCAGUAAGGAUUCAUCAUUUAUUCCAUAGCAAUUUUAUUGGCACAGAAUGUUAAUGUAUGAACUGCAAUAUCUUGAAAGAUAACAGUAAUACAAAAUAAACGUUGAAAGGAUCUAGUUUCAGAAUAUAUUAGUGAAGAGAGCUGUAUUGUAAUGAGAGCUAUUCUGAAGUGACAAUAGGACUAGUAUAAGAGAAUAAUGGGAUAAUCAUAGAAGCUGUGUUUUUCUUUUGCCUCCUCCCUGUGUAUUUCCUGUGUGUAUAGGAUCUGCUGCGCUCUGCGCUGCCUGACUCCAUGGAGAGUGCCCUGCAGGGGGACGAGCGCUGUGUCCUGGACACCAUGCGUCUGGUGGACCUGCUGCUUGUGCUGCUGUUCGAGGGCCGCAAGGCUCUGCCCAAAUCCACCGCUGGCUCAACAGGACGCAUCCCGGGCCUGCGACGGCUGGACAGCUCCGGGGAGCGCUCCCACCGACAGCUCAUCGACUGUAUCCGCAGCAAAGACACAGACGCUCUCAUCGACGCCAUCGACACCGGAGGUGGGUGGAUGGAUAAUAUCGGGUCAACAGUAAUGCACUUUAAAUGGAAUAGGGUACCAUUUGGGACCCAGAUAUAUCCUAUGCCAUGUGGUUUUUCUGUCUGUUGGUCUGUCUGGAGGUAGUUUAGUGAUGUGGCAGAGGAAGUUUGUCCAAUCUGGUGUAAUGGUGCCUUAUUUUUUCCCUAAUUCAUUUCAGCCGUUUGUUUGCAUAAUGGUAAAUAUGUCAAGUUUAUGAUCAAGUAUCAGCUGUUAUUGAGCACGCUUAUUCAAUUCCUGAAAAUUGUUCCUAUGUUGCAGCCUUUGAAGUGAAUUUCAUGGAUGAUGUCGGGCAGACUCUUUUGAACUGGGCCUCUGCGUUUGGCACACAGGAAAUGGUAAGAUGUUAGCUAUUUUAGACUGAGUCUCGUAUCCCUCCAUCUCUUUACAGGGCAAUUGUAAUAGUUUUUUCAGCCUUGUAACAACAACAUGAUUACCCAGUACAUUAUGGUGACCAUUAAGUGCUGGAACAGAACAGAAUGGUUCAUUGUGCCAGAGGAGUUAAAGGGAUACUUCGGGAUUUUGGCAAUGAGGUCCCUUUAUCUACUUCCCCAUAGUCUGAUGAACUUGUGGAUACCAUUUUUAUGUCUCUGCGCGCAGUUGAAGGAAGUUGCUAACUAGCGCUAGCAUAAUUGCUUACUAGCGUUAGCGUAGUGACUGGAAGUCUAUGGGUAUCUGCUAGCAUACCCAUAUACCUAUACUAAACUAUCUCUCAUCUCUCAUACUGGACACAGAGACAUACAAAUGGUAUCCAUGACUUCAUCUGACUCUGGUAGAUAAAGGGUAGUUUGACAAAAUCCCAAAGUAUCACUUUAAGGACAGCAUCUCUUCCCUGUUAUGCUGCAAGAACGUUCUCAGGAAGGGCUCAAGGUUCUGUCAAUAGGUGUCCAUAGCAACAAGCAGCAGCACACACCUGAAUGAAUGCUGUGUAUACAUAAUCUGGCCUAAUGCAGACGGAUUACUAGAGUUUGGUUGAAUAAUGUCUUGUUUGUCACCUCGAAGCCAGACCACCACACAGGUCUGUCACGUUGUAUUCAUUAGGCACCAAACAGAAGAAAAUGGACUGAAACAAGGAGAGUCCAAUAACAAACCUGCUGUUCCAAAAUGUUGUAAAAGGUUGUUCUUUGCGUGCCUUAAUUAUCAGGACCCUGUUGAAUAACCCCUGUUUGUUGUGGUUGAUGUCCCAGGUUGAGUUCCUGUGUGAAAGAGGUGCUGAUGUCAACAGAGGUCAGAGGUCCUCCUCCCUCCACUACGCUGCCUGUUUUGGACGGCCUCAAGUAGCAAAGGUAGUUAUGGUCUCUUUAACCUUUAGAGGAAAUCUCUUCUAACGCUCUAACUGCUGUUUUUUUUCUACCAACAUCCCUUGACAAAGGCCCAGCAGCUGGACUGUUGGGCCCUGGUUUAUAUAUUGAUUUCAAUGAAUAGAAAAAAACGUUUUUGCGUGUGCACACUAUCCUCCUCCUGUAUAUGUUGUUUGGAAAUGCAGGCAGACCUAUGUAUGUUCCCCUAGUAAGCAUAAUUUUCCUCUGUGUCGAUAGACUCUACUGCGACAUGGAGCCAACCCUGACCUCAGAGAUGAAGAUGGGAAAACCCCCCUGGACAAAGCAAGGGAGCGUGGCCACAGUGAGGUUGUAGCCAUCCUCCAGUCUCCUGGUGAGUUAUAACAAUAUAUUAACAGCUGUGCUGCCGACUGACUUCCAUGAAAAGCUUUGGUCGUCAGUGGCUCAUGCCCAUCAUCAGAGAAUAAAGAAGGACAGUGGUUAUUUGACAACUUGUUGUGUUCUCUUCUCUCCUGUUCUGAAGGAGACUGGAUGUGCCCCGUUAACAAAGGAGAGGACAAGAAGAAGAAAGAUGUGAACAAAGAGGAGGAGGAGGCUAGUGAACCUAAAGGAGACCCUGAGAUGGCCCCCAUCUACCUGAAGAGGCUGCUACCAGUAUUUGCACAAACCUUUCAGCAAACCAUGCUACCUUCUAUUAGGUAAACACAACUUUGAAUCACUUGACCAAAGGACCUUUGUCUAAGCUCACAGAGAUGUAUAUAUAUUACUGAGGUCCUGAAUGCAUUUUUAUUUGAAUAGGGAACAUAUACAAAUCCAUUAACACAGGGUUUCCCAAACUAUGGGUUGUGUGAUUUGAAAAGGGGGUCGCGAGAGAAAAUUUAGCGCUUGGUUCAUAGAACCGAGGUUACGCAAGUAACUUCCGGUAGCCGCUAGAUGCGGUUGUAAUUAUUUAUUCUUACUAUAAAUGUGGCUCUAUCUUUUGAAUGGUUUAAGCUGCAAAAUAUGAUGACCCCAUCACUGAAAGAUACUGUAGGACUCUCAGGAACACGUGCGUACAUACUGUUUCCCUCUACUAUACCCACAUAUAGUGGGCCAUUAGAACCGAGUGGACAAGACCAGGCACUAAAUUAGACUGGGGGGGAGAAAAUCAUCAACGAUAAGUUUAUUUUCUACACAGAAGAUCAUACAACAUUAUUGCCUGAUGAUCUUCUGAAGUUCCCAAUACCUUUCUGAUGCAUUUCAGUCACUUCAAACCAUAGUGUCUUCAGAUUGAAAUACUUUCAAAAAUACUGUCAGACUGAUUUGUAAAUAAACUGUCAUAGCCCAAAUUAAUGUUGGGUCUCAAAAAAAAUUUAAAUAUCAAAAUGGGGUAGCCGGCCAAAAAAGUUUGGAAACCCCUGCAUUAAAGGUGCAAUAUGCAGAAAUCGCUCCGCCAUUUCCUGGUUGCUAGAAUUCUAAUAGUUUGCCUAAUUUCAGUUUAUGUGACAAAACAAGCACUCAGUGUAUCGUUCAGAGAAUCAUUGUACCAUCUAAACCGCAGUAAAAUAUAUUUUCAAUAACCAAAAAUAUUGUAGUUUCAUCUGUUUGAAGCUGGUGUACAAAACCUAAAGCAAAAGAACGGAAAGCAUAGAAAUACCGCACAUACAGUGGGGGGAAAAAGUAUUUCCACGUCUUCCCUCUGUCCCUUACAGGAAAGCUAGCCUGGCUCUGAUCAGGAAGAUGAUCCACUACAGCUGUGAAGUGCUGCUGAAGGAGGUGUGUGACUCUGAUGCCGGUCACAACCUGCCCACCGUGCUAGUGGAGAUCACCGCCACCGUGCUGGAUCAGGAGGUAUGGCACUACAUAACAUCCAUCUCUUUGUGUAUGUGUGUGUUCCACCGUGCUGGAUCAGGAGGUAUGGCACUACAUAACAUCCAUCUCUUUGUGUAUGUGUGUGUUCCACUGUGCUGGAUCAGGAGGUGUGUACGCACUCGUGUGUGUGUGUGUGUGUGUGAUCCUCCACUGUUAACAACGUCCACCAAUAACCUAAUGCCUGUUAAAAAUAAAUGUAGUUGCACCAGCUUUCUAGUCAUCCACAGGCUAAGUUAAAUGUGGUGUCUCUUCCUGUACAGGACGAUGAUGACGGUCACCUGCUGGCGCUGCAGAUCAUCAGAGACCUGGUGGACAAGGGAGGAGACGUCUUCCUGGACCAGCUGGCUAGACUGGGCGUCAUCAACAAGGUGUCCACUCUGGCUGGACCCACCUCAGACGAUGAGAACGAGGAGGUGUCCAAACCAGAGAAGGUGUGAUAAGAACGCCCUAAUGCAGUCCAAAUAUGCACUGAUAGAGCUUUGUGAUUUCUGUGUGUAAUAAAAAGCGUUCCGCAAAGAAAAUGUAUUAUUUAAAUAUAUUUUGUAAUCUCUGGAUGAGAGCGUCUGCUACAAGAUGUAAAUGUCUCUUGAUUCACCAGGAGGAUGAGCCACAGGAGGAUGCCAAAGAGGUGCAGCAGGGGAAGCCCUACCACUGGCGUGACUGGUCCAUUAUCAGGGGGAGGGACUGCCUGUACAUCUGGAGUGACGCUGCAGCCUUGGAGCUCUCCAACGGCUCCAACGGAUGGUUCCGCUUCAUCCUGGAUGGCAAGCUGGCCACAAUGUACUCCAGCGGCAGCCCCGAGGGAGGCUCCGACAGCUCAGGUAGACCUAGCUACAUACCUUCUCAAUUGACCUGGUAUGUUAUGACUUGAACUUCCCUCAACUAGUUACCUAUUCCUCUCCAUCUCUUAUCAGAAUUAAGGCCAGAAUGAGCUCCUUCCACUCAUGUACAUGCAGUUGUAACAAGUGAAUAACCGUAUUAUAAUGGUGAUAGCACAACCAACAUCAAACUGUUCCAAUUCCUCUAAUGUACUACCUACCCAGAAAGUCGUAGUGAGUUUCUGGAGAAGCUGCAGCGUGCCCGGAGCCAGGUGAAGCCUGUGACAGCCAGCCAGCCCAUCCUGUCUGCAAUGGGUCCCACCAAGCUGACGGUGGGGAACUGGUCCCUGACCUGCCUGAAGGAGGGAGAGAUCGCCAUCCACAACUCUGACGGACAGCAGGCCACCAUCCUCAAGGAGGACCUGCCCGGCUUCGUGUUCGAGUCCAACAGGGGCACCAAGCACUCCUUCACCGCUGAAACAUCACUAGGUCAGUUAGUUUGAACUUCAGUGCAUAUAGAUCAUUAUAAUUCAUGUUGUAUUUAAUUCUGUAGUUAAAUGUGCCUAAAUCGUUUAUAGAUUAAUCUCUCUCUCAUUUAUUUAUACAUCUCAUCUCAGGGUUUCCGUUAUGAAAAUGUGGCACCGGACAUUUGACCGGCAGCAUUUUAAUUUACCGGACAUUUGAGAAAUGUACCAUAACCUGAUUAGGGCGUCCACCCACAGUGCUCAGAAUGACAAAAAUCUGAUUUAGAUUAUGGUAAUUCAUUUUAACAGAACAUACAAGUCGAGGAUGCAAUGACGUGUGUCCUUACCGCGCACUUUGAAGAUGUUAGAAUAACUGUCCACAUUUACUUUUCUAGAGUAAUGAACAGCAAAAUCACUAGCCUAUACAUAGGUUGUGUGUGAGUUUCAUGUUUGGGGAAGCAUAUUUUCACCUUGCAUCUUUAUAAUAAAGCAUUCCAUGCAUCAUCACAUUUGCGGACUUAUGUAAAAUAGCCUACUAUUCGUGAUUAGUAGAUUGGAUAGUCAUAAUUUAAGCUAAUAUACACUACCAGUCAAAAGUUUUGGACACAUACUCAUUCAAGGGUUUUUCUUUAUUUGUACUGUUUUUUACAGUGUAGAAUAAUAGUGAAGACAUCAACUAUGAAAUAACACAUAUGGAAUCAUGUAGUAACAAAUAAAUAUAUUUUAUAUUUAACAUUCUUCAAAUAGCCACCCUUUGCCUUGAUGACAGCUUUGCACACUCUUGGCCGCUACAAUCAUGCAGUACUGUGUACAGUCAGUAAGCAGUUUAGCAGUUACUCCGGCAGGCCCCGGUGGCAAUAAAUUAGUAAAACCAAAAGCUUACCUUGACUUGGAAGAGAUCCAGUGUUGUGUUGGAUUGUCAUAGCCAGCUAGCUAACAUGGCAUCCCUAUGUUUGAGUAGACUAAACUAGCUAGCUGCAUUUGCUAGCUAAGUAAAAAUAAAUGACUAAAUAUCUCUCUUGCUUCUCCUUCAUUUUUGACUUUUCAUCUAUUGUCUUUCUCUGAGUCAACUACUAACCACAUUUUAUGCACUGCAGUGCUAGCUAGCUUAUGCUUUCAUUACUAGAUUCAUUGGAUGGACAACAUGUCAGUUCAUGCUGCAAGAGCUCUGAAAGGUUGGAAGGACGUCCUCCGGAAGUUGUCAUAAUUACUGUGUUAGUCUAUGGAAGGGGGUGAAAACCAUGAGCCUUUUAGGUUUUGUAUUGAAGUCAAUGUACCCAGAGGAGGACGGAAGCUAGCUGUUCUCCGUCUACACCAUGGUGCUACCCUACAGAGUGCUGUUGUGGCUACUUUAGACCUUCAUUGCAAAACAGUGUUUUAAUCAAUUAUUUGGUGACGUGAACAUAGUAUAGUUUUAUCUAAAAAGGAUAACCUUUUUUUAUGUUUCACUGUUAAAAAAUAAAUAAUCACUGAGGAUUGUCCUCCCCUUCCACCUCUGAGGAGCCUCCACUGCUCCACGGAUAUGGUUGGGUUUUGCCUAGGCUACUUUGAAGAAAGGUAAAACAUUCCUCAUAAUAUGUAGUGAAACGUUCUGGUUUCAAACAAUUAAGUAGCCAUAUGUUUUCAAAAUGCGUACUGCCUCCAGCUCAUUGCAAUGUGUUGUGUAGCGCGCUUAAGCAUUUGAAUAGCGAAUGGGAAGUGCACUUCAAUUAUCAGUUGAGAAAGAAAAAGAGUAGGAUUUUUAAAAUCAUGGCCCCAAAAUUUAUAAGAUCCAUAACGAAUAUACACCCGGCAAUUUAAUUCCACUAAAUUAUGCAAAUUAACCCAAAGACCAAUAAGCAUGAUCGGUCAAAUGUAUUUACAGCAACUGGAUUUUCCAUCAAUGAAUAGGCUAAAAAGCAUUUUCUCAAUGGGAUUUGUUUUCUAUUCCCGGACAAAUGGCCGGUGGCAAUUUUUUAUUCAUCGGCUUUUCAAAAACAAUUGUGGCUAAAAGCCGGCUAUUACCGACUAACGAAAACCCUGAGAUGGACUAUAAAUAUGUGGUCCUCUGUAGCUCAGCUGGUAGAGCACGGCGCUUGUAACGCCAAGGUAGUGGGUUCGAUCCCCGGGACCACCCAUACACAAAAAUGUAUGCACGCAUGACUGUAAGUCGCUUUGGAUAAAAGCGUCUGCUAAAUGGCAUAUUAUUAUUAUUAUUAUUAUUAUUAUUAUUAUUAUAAAUAAAAAAAAUAUGUGGAAACUCCUUCAAAUGAUUGGAUUUGGCUAUUUCAGCCACACCCGUUGCUGACAGGUGUCUAAAAUCCAGCACACAGCCAUGCAAUCUGCAUAGACAAACAUUGGCAGUAGAAUGGCCUUACUGAAGAGCUCAGUGACUUUCAACGUGGCACUGUCAUAGGCACCUUUCCAGUUUAUCACAUUUCUGCCGUGCUAGAGCUUCCCCGGUCAGCUAUAAGUGCUGCUGUUGUGAAGUGGAAACGUCUAGGAGCAACAAUUGUUCAUCCACGAAGUGGUAGGUCACUUCCCCUCAUUAUUGACUCACUGAUAUGGCUGAGUUUUUUCUUCUCACAGAAUGGGACUGCCGAGUGCUGUAGUGUGUAAAAAUCGUCUGUCCUCGGAUGCAACACUCACUACCGAGUUCCAAACUGCCUCUGGAAGCAACGUCAGCACUAGAACUGUUCGUCGGGAGCUUCAUGAAAUGAGUUUCCAUGGCCGAGCAGCCGCACACAAGCCUAAGAUCACCAUGCACAAUGCCAAGCAUCGGCUGGAGUGGUGUAAGCUCACCGCCAUUGGACUCCGGAGCAGUGGAAACGCGUUCUCUGGAGUGAUGAAUCAUGCUUCACCAUCUGGUAGUCCGACGGACUAAUCUGGGUUUGGCGGAUGCCAGGAGAACGCUACCUGCCCGAAUGCAUAGUGCAAACUGUAAAGUUUGGUGGAGGAGGAAUAAUGGUCUGGGGCUGUUUUUCAUGGUUUGGGCUAGGCCCCUUUAGUUCCAGUGAAGGGAAAUCUUAACGCUACAGCAUACAAUGACAUUCUAGACGAUUUUGUGCUUCCAACUUUGAGGCAACAGUUUGGGGAAGGCCCUUUCCUGUUUCAGCAUGACAAUACCCCCGUGCACAAAGCGAGGUCCAUACAGAAAUGGUUUGUCGAUCGGUGUGGAAGAACUGCCUGCACAGAGCCCUGACCUCAACCCCAUCGAAAGUCUUUGGGAUUAAUUGGAAUGCCGACUGCGAGCCAGGCCUAAUCGCCCCGACAUCAGUCCCCGCAGCAAUGUUCCAACAUCUAGUGGAAAGCCUUCCUAGAAGAGUGGCAGCUGUUAUAGCAGCAAAGGGGGGACCAACUCCAUAUUAAUGCCCAUGAUUUUGGAAAGAGAUGUUCGAUGAGCAGGUGUCCACAUACUUUUGGUCAUGUAUUGUAUGUGUAUAUGUGUGUGUAAAGAAAAAUGUAAAGUUAUCCUCUACUAGAAUGAUGUGGUGAUGGCCUGCAUUUGAUGGGGAUUGUCUUAUAGUUUUUCUUCUCUGUUUGUGUUGUGUUGUACAGGGUCAGAAUUUGUGACUGGCUGGACUGGAAAGAGGGGAAGAAAGCUCAAAUCCAAAUUGGAGAAAACAAAACAAAAGGUGGAUGUUUUGUUUUCUAGCAGUGAAGUCCGUCUGCUGUUCAGUGUUUUCACAGGUUUUUUUUUUUAUUAGAUUUUUUUAAGCCAGCUUCCUCCUUCCUGAAUUUAGAAGAUUACUUUGUCUAUUGUCACAGGGACACAGUUUUUUUUGUUGUUGCUUUAGAACACAUGACAUAUUAUCCAUCUAGUUUAGCCGUCACAUCAUUCUUCUGUUUAAUAAACAGCAGGUAGGCUUGGGCGGUAUCCAGAUUGUCAUACCUUUACACCGGCCUUGUUCCGUGCAGGGAUCUUCGGUAAUACCGACACUGAACAUAGGGGGCGUUAUUUUCAAACUCCACUGAGCCUUUGUAAUCCGAAGGUUAGCAAUGCUAACAAUUACAUGUAAAAUCCCAUAGAGAAUGCUAACGAGCGCAUUGUGAACAUUUUAUACAGUCUCUGACCUAAACUAUUUUCAGGACAGACAUCCCAGCUCAUGAAGUUAUUACAAGUAACUAAAAAAUGCUACUCCCAGUUUACUGCACGCACAAAACUAAUAUUAGACAUAUUUUGGAAGAAGCUAACCACUUAGCUAGAUAGGUAAGUAGCUACUACAUUAGCGAACCAUAUUUUACAUUUUUUACAUUUUAGUCAUUUAGCAGACGCUCUUAACCAGAGCGACUUACAGGAGCAAUUAGGGUUAAGUGCCUUGCUCAAGGGCACAUUAACGUCAUUUAGCAGACGCUCUUAGCCAGAGCGACUCACAAAUUGGUGCGUUCACCCUAUAGCCAGUGGGAUAACCACUUUACAAUUUGGGGGGGGGGGGGGGGGUUAGAAGGAAUACUUUAUCCUAUCCCAGGUAUUCCUUAAAGAGGUGGGGUUUCAAAUGUCUCCGGAAGGUGGUGAGUGACUCCGCUGUCCUGGCGUCGUGAGGGAGCUUGUUCCACCAUUGGGGUGCCAGAGCAGCGAACAGUUUUGACUGGGCUGAGCGGGAGCUGUGCUUCCGCAGAGGAAGGGGAGCCAGCAGGCCAGAGGUGGAUGAACGCAAUGUCCUCGUUUGGGUGUAGGGACUGAUCAGACCCUGAAGGUACAGAGGUGCCGUUCCCCUCACUGCUCCAUAGGCAAGCACCAUGGUCUUGUAGCGGAUGCGAGCUUCAACUGGAAGCCAGUGGAGUGUGCGGAGGAGGGGGGUGACGUGAGAGAACUUGGGAAGGUUGAACACCAGACGGGCUGCGGCAUUCUGGAUGAGUUGUAGGGGUUUAAUGGCACAGGCAGGGAGCCCAGCCAACAGCGAGUUGCAGUAGUCCAGACGGGAGAUGACAAGUGCCUGGACCAGGACCUGCGCCGCUUCCUGUGUAAGGCAGGGUCGCACUCUCCGAAUGUUGUAGAGCAUGAACCUGCAGGAGCGGGUCACCGCCUUGAUGUUGGCGGAGAACGACAGGGUGUUGUCCAGGGUCACGCCUAGGCUCUUCGCACUCUGGGAGGAGGACACAGCGGAGUUGUCAACCGUGAUGGCGAGAUCAUGGAACGGGCAGUCCUUCCCCGGGAGGAAGAGCAGCUCCGUCUUGCCAGGGUUCAGCUUGAGGUGGUGAUCCGUCAUCCAUACUGAUAUGUCUGCCAGACAUGCAGAGAUGCGAUUCGCCACCUGGUUAUCAGAAGGGGGAAAGGAGAAGAUUAGUUGUGUAUCGUCAGCGUAGCAAUGAUAGGAGAGACCAUGUGAGGAUAUGACAGAGCCAAGUGACUUGGUGUAUAGGGAGAAAAGGAGAGGGCCCAGAACCGAUCCCUGGGGGACACCAGUGGUGAGAGCACGUGGUGCGGAGACAGCUUCCCGCCACGCCACUUGGUAGGAGCGACCGGUCAGGUAGGACGCAAUCCAGGAGUGAGCCGCGCCGGAGAUGCCCAUCUCGGAGAGGGUGGAGAGGAGGAUCUGAUGGUUCACAGUAUCAAAGGCAGCAGACAGGUCUAGAAGGACAAGAGCAGAGGAGAGAGAGUUAGCUUUAGCAGUGCGGAGAGUCUCCGUGACACAGAGAAGAGCAGUCUCAGUUGAAUGACCAGUCCUGAAACCUGAUUGGUUUGGAUCAAGAAGGUCAUUCUGAGAGAGAUAGCAAGAGAGUUGGCUAAAGACGGCACGCUCAAUAGUUUUGGAAAGAAAAGAAAGAAGGGAUACUGGUCUGUAGUUGUUGACAUCAGUGGGGUCGAGUGUUGGUUUUUUGAGGAGGGGAGCAACUCUCGCUCUCUUGAAGACGGAAGGGACAUGGCCAGCGGUCAAGGAUGAGUUGAUCAGCGAGGUGAGGUAGGGGAGAAGGUCACCGGAGAUGGUCUGGAGAAGGGAGGAGGGGAUGGGGUCAAGCGGGCAGGUUGUUGGGCGGCCUGCAGUCACAAGUCGCAGGAUUUUAUCUGGAGAGAGAGGGGAGAAAGAAGUCAAAGCAUAGGGUAGGGCAGUGUGAGCAGGACCAGCAGUGUUAUUAGACUUAACAAACGAGGAUCGGAUGUCCAAAUGUACCAAAUGUACAACUACAGAGCAUUUGGCACAUUUUAGACAGUUCACUUAAUAGUUAUAAGAUAUCUAGCUGGCAAACAUUUAGUUGUGAAUUCCAUACUGUAACUAGAUCACCUGACUUGUGCUGAACAACAGUGAGUGACUCAUAAGGCUGCGGUCUCUCGUCAUUGUGUGCUUGUAAACAAACACCACGGGACUGGGUACUACUACCGGUAAGCUUCAUGAUGAAACAUUUAUCUGACAGGUGAAAUGAAGAACACAAUCUUCUUUAUCAUAUUUCACAAGUUGACUGCAGGUAUUUACUUAAAAAGUAGCUGCAAAUAUUCCAAUUUGUAAAUAACAAAACUUACACACCGAAAUCACAAAACCCUUGGCUAUUUCCAAAUACCCGGUGUACCGCCCAAGCCUAACAGCAGGUUUUAUGCUAGUUAUCCCUCACGCUUUCCUUAACACCCAGUGAGCCUAGAGCCCCUCCUUGUCUGUUCCUAUGUUGUGAUGUGUGGUUGUGUUACCUACCUUAGUUGAAUGUACUGAUUUGUAAGUGGCUCUGGAUACGAGCGUCUGCUAAACAGCUAAAACGUCAAAUGCAGGUGAAGACCAUGGCCAGAGACCUGUAUGAUGACCACUUCAAGGCGGUAGAGAGCAUGCCCAGAGGGGUGGUGGUCACCCUGAGGAACAUCGCCACCCAGCUGGAGUCUGCUUGGGAGCUGCAUACCAACAGACAGGUAGGUAAAAAAAGUACAUGAACUCUAACCUAAAUGUAUGUCAGAGUCGGAUAACAUUAUGAUUACCAACAGACAGGUUGGUGGGGGAAUCGCCCUGGAGCACUCACACAACACACAUUGACAUAAACUCAUGUCUACUUACACUUUAUGGAAAUGCACCUCAAUGCAAUUUACAGUAAAAUCGGUACAUUCAUAAAAAACAAAGUAGAUAUUUUGAAUGACUUCCCCUCAUUAUUGACUCACUCUGAUAUGGAGUUUUUUUGUUCUCUUUGUGCUGUCUGAAGCUGUAGGCUACAGGUUUGACGCUGUGAAAGUUAAAUGUGUUUUGUUUCUGUAGCAGUGUAUCGAGGGAGAGAACACAUGGAGAGACUUGAUGAAGACGGCUCUGGAAAACUUGAUUGUGGUUCUCAAGGAUGAGAACACCAUCUCCCCCUAUGAAAUGUGCAGCAGUGGCCUAGUGCAAGCACUUUUUACAGUUCUUAAUAAUGUAAGUAGGAUGGGAUGGAUGAGGUGUACAGGGUAGUACUGUAUACAGGAAUACGGUGCCAUCUGGGCUGCAGAGUUCUCUUCCUUUCUAAGCCUUUUUCUCAACACUGUCUGGGUAACUAACUUCCUCAAUGUUGGGACAAUAAAGCUUUCUGAAUCUGAAUAUUUUGUGUGAUUAGUCCAACUCCUGCUCAAUUAAUGUUUUUGUCUUUUUCAGAGUGUGGAACUUGACAUGAAACAUGAUUGUAAACCAUUAAUGGAAAGAAUAAAUGUAUUUAAAACCGCAUUCAGUGAAAACGAAGAUGAUGAAAGGUAAUAAUUCUGACUUUUAUAUAAUUAAUUAUUUGUAUUAAUGUAUUGUAGUUAAAAAAAAAAAAAAACAUCUGCCAGUGGCUCACCUGGUUUUUCCCAUUCAUUCAGCCGACCCGCAGUUGCCUUAAUCCGCAAACUACUAGCAGUCCUGGAGUCCAUUGAGAGGUUACCUCUGCACCUGUAUGACACCCCAGGCUCCACCUAUAACCUGCAGGUGAGUCUCUCCUCCACCACACCUCUCAGUAGUAUAGUGGUGGGGGACAGUUGUUUUUGUUUGUUCCAGUGACCUGUAAAACUAAUUCUAGGGAUGGGCAUGAGUAAUUGAGUACUUGAACUGACAUCAAAACUCAAUCUUUAACCAGAGAUCACUUUUAUUUUUUUUUAAAUACUGUAAAACUAUUUGGUUUAUCUAUUUGGCAGUUUUGGAAUAAUUGCAUCAUUUUCCGCUUAGGCUACUUUGCAGUUGCCACAGUCAAAAUGGUCAAAUAAUCAAAACAAAAAUAAGCUUUUUGGUUUUAAUUUAAGGUUAAGUGUGGUUAAGGUUAGGUUUAAAAUCAGAUUUUGUAAAAACAGGCAGGGUUUAUGACAUUGUGUCUGUGGUAACUAACGUUAGUGACGACCCUACUUUGCGAACUGCUAGUGGCAUUUAGAAUUCAAAUCAAAUCAAAUCAAAUUGUAUUGGUCACAUGCGCCGAAUACAACAGGUGCAGACAUUACAGUGAAAUGCUUACUUACAGCCCUUAACCAACAGUGCAUUUAUUUUAAACAAAAAAAGUAAGAAUAAAACAACAACAAAAAAAGUGUUGAGAAAAAAAGAGCAGAAGUAAAAUAAAGUGACAGUAGGGAGGCUAUAUAUACAGUAAAAUAAAGUGACAGUAGGGAGGCUAUAUAUACAGGGGGGUACCGUUGCAGAGUCAAUGUGCGGGGGCACCGGCUAGUUGAGGUAGUUGAGGUAAUAUGUACAUGUGGGUAGAGUUAAAGUGACUAUGCAUAAAUACUUAACAGAGUAGCAGCAGCGUAAAAAGGAUGGGGUGGGGGGGCAGUGCAAAUAGUCCGGGUAGCCAUGAUUAGCUGUUCAGGAGUCUUAUGGCUUGGGGGUAGAAGCUGUUGAGAAGUCUUUUGGACCUAGACUUGGCACUCCGGUACCGCUUGCCGUGCGGUAGCAGAGAGAACAGUCUAUGACUAGGGUGGCUGGAGUCUUUGACAAUUUUGAGGGCCUUCCUCUGACACCGCCUGGUAUAGAGGUCCUGGAUGGCAGGGAGCUUUGCCCCAGUGAUGUACUGGGCCGUACGCACUACCCUCUGUAGUGCCUUGCGGUCAGAGGCCAAGCAGUUGCCAUACCAGGCGGUGAUGCAACCAGUCAGGAUGCUCUCGAUGGUGCAGCUGUAGAAUUUUUUGAGGAUCUGAGGACCCAUGCCAAAUCUUUUCAGUCUCCUGAGGGGGAAUAGGCUUUGUCGUGCCCUCUUCACGACUGUCUUGGUGUGUUUGGACCAUGAUAGUUCGUUGGUGAUGUGGACACCAAGGAACUUGAAGCUCUCAACCUGUUCCACUACAGCCCCGUCGAUGAGAAUGGGGGCGUGCUCAGUCCUCUUUUUUUUCCUGUAGUCCACAAUCAUCUCCUUUGUCUUGGUCACGUUGAGGGAGAGGUUGUUGUCCUGGCACCACACGGCCAGAUCUCUGACCUCCUCCCUAUAGGCUGUCUCAUCGUUGUCGGUGAUCAGGCCUACCACUGUUGUGUCGUCGGCAAACUUAAUGAUGGUGUUGGAGUCGUGCCUGGCCAUGCAGUCAUGGGUGAACAGAGAGUACAGGAGGGGACUGAGCACGCACCCCUGAGGGGCCCCCGUGUUGAGGAUCAGUGUGGCAGAUGUGUUGUUACCUACCCUUACCACCUGGGGGCGGCCCGUCAGGAAGUCCAGGAUCCAGUUGCAGAGGGAGGUGUUUAGUCCCAGGAUCCUUAGCUUAGUGAUGAGCUUAGAGGGCACUAUGGUGUUGAAUGCUGAGCUGUAGUCAAUGAAUAGCAUUCUCACGUAGGUGUUCCUCUUUUCCAGGUGGGAGAGGGCAGUGUGGAGUGCGAUAGAGAUUGCAUCAUCUGUGGAUCUGUUGGGGCGGUAUGCAAAUUGGAGUGGGUCUAGGGUUUCUGGGAUUAUGCUGUUGAUGUGAGCCAUGACCAGUCUUUCAAAGCACUUCAUGGCUACAGACGUCAGUGCUACGGGUCGGUAGUCAUUUAGGCAGGUUAUCUUAGAGUUCUUGGGCACGGGGACUAUGGUGGUCUGCUUGAAACAUGUUGGUAUUACAGACUCAGUCAGGGACAUGUUGAAAAUGUCAGUGAAGACACUUGCCAGUUGGUCAGCACAUGCUCGGAGUACACGUCCUGGUAAUCCGUCUGGCCCUGCGGCCUUGUGAAUGUUGACCUGCUUAAAAGUCUUACUCACAUCGGCUACGGAGAGCGUGAUCACAUAGUCGUCCGGAACAGCUGGUGCUCUCAUGCAUGCUUCAGUGUUGCUUGCCUCGAAGCGAGCAUAGAAGUGGUUUAGCUCGUCUGGUAGGCUUGUGUCACUGGGCAGCUCGCGGCUGUGCUUCCCUUUGUAGUCUGUAAUAGUUUUCAAGCCCUGCCACAUCCGACGAGCGUCAGAGCCAGUGUAGUAUGAUUCAAUCUUAGACCUGUAUUGACUCUUUGCCUGUUUGAUGGUUCGUCGGAGGUCAUAGCGGGAUUUCUUAUAAGCGUCCGGGUUAGAGUCCCGUUCCUUGAAAGCGGCAGCUCUACCCUUUAGCUCAGUGCGGAUGUUUCCUGUAAUCCAUGGCUUCUGGUUGGGGUAUGUACGUACGGUCACUGUGGGGACGACAUCAUCAAUGCACUUAUUGAUGAAGCCAGUGACUGAUGUGGUGUACUCCUCAAUGCUGUCUGAAGAAUCCCGGAACAUGUUCCAGUCUGUGCUAGCAAAACAGUCCUGUAGCUUAGCAUCUGCGUCAUCUGACCACUUUUUUAUUAACCGAAUCACUGGUGCUUCCUGCUUCAGUUUUUGCUUAUAAGCAGGAAUCAGGAGGAUAGAGUUAUGGUCAGAUUUGCCAAAUGGAGGGCGAGGGAGAGCUUUGUAUGCGUCUCUGUGUGUGGAGUAAAGGUGGUCUAGAGUUUUUUGCCCUCUGGUUGCACAUUUAACAUGCUGGUAGAAAUUAGGUAGAACGGAUUUAAGUUUCCCUGCAUUAAAGUCCCCGGCUACUAGGAGCGCUGCAUCUGGAUGAGCGUUUUCCUGUUGAUUAAUGGCCUUGUACAACUCAUUCAGUGCAAUCUUAAUGCCAGCAUUGGUUUGUGGUGGUAAAUAGACAGCUAUGAAAAAUAUAGAUGAAAACUCUCUUGGUAAAUAGUGUGGUCUACAGCUUAUCAUCGAAUUGGUUAGCCUAGGCUAUAAUCCCCCUAAAUAUAGACAGGUUCCACACUGAAAAUAUGCUAAAACAUUAGUUUGAUAAAGACAUAGUGUAUUUUCAUCAGAAUCAUUAAGCUGACCAUUAAGCUAACCAAACAGAUGUCCUGGCCAUAAUUCAUAUCCAUGCAGUGUUCAAUGUAGAAUUGUUAAUCCAUUUAGAAAAUUCCAAGGAACAGGCAUAAUAAACUAAGAUUGAACGUCUGUAUAUUGAAAAGACAGAUUUUGGUUUGUAAUCCUAACAAAUUGAGCACUGUUUCAAAUUAUCACUCUUUGACGCGAGAUGCGAAUCACUUCGCACUAUUCUGUUGUAUUUUAUUCUGUUAUAUUACCAGCUUUUAUUUUACUAUUAAAUAGGCGUGUCUUGACUGUGAUAAGGGCUUAGUAAAUAAGAGCGUCUUGUCUGCUAAAUUAACAAAACAAUGCUAUACCGUUGCACAGCCACAGGCUUCUACAAGCAAGCGCCACUGCUGAGGUGUUACUACCUUUUUGAAGAUUGUGUUCCACAAUAUAAUAUAACCAGUUGAUAUUACGGUUUCAAUAAAUGUAUCUUAAAUUGCACUUGUUUUUUUUUUAUUGACUGAAUAUAUACAGUGGGGGAAAAAAGUAUUUAGUCAGCCACCAAUUGUGCAAGUUCUCCCACUUAAAAAGAUGAGAGAGGCCUGUAAUUUUCAUCAUAGGUACACGUCAACUAUGACAGACAAAAUGAGGAAAAAAAAUCCAGAAAAUCACAUUGUAGGAUUUUUAAUGAAUUUAUUUGCAAAUUAUGGUGGAAAAUAAGUAUUUGGUCAAUAACAAAAGUUUCUCAAUACUUUGUUAUAUACCCUUUGUUGGCAAUGACACAGGUCAAAUGUUUUCUGUAAGUCUUCACAAGGUUUUCACACACUGUUGCUGGUAUUUUGGCCCAUUCCUCCAUGCAUAUCUCCUCUAGAGCAGUGAUGUUUUGGGGCUGUCGCUGGGCAACACGGACUUUCAACUCCCUCCAAAGAUUUUCUAUGGGGUUGAGAUCUGGAGACUGGCUAGGCCACUCCAGGACCUUGAAAUGCUUCUUACGAAGCCACUCCUUCGUUGCCCGGGUGGUGUGUUUGGGAUCAUUGUCAUGCUGAAAGACCCAGCCACGUUUCAUCUUCAAUGCCCUUGCUGAUGGAAGGAGGUUUUCACUCAAAAUCUCACGAUACAUGGCCCCAUUCAUUCUUUCCUUUACACGGAUCAGUCGUCCUGGUCCCUUUGCAGAAAAACAGCCCCAAAGCAUGAUGUUUCCACCCCCAUGCUUCACAGUAGGUAUGGUGUUCUUUGGAUGCAACUCAGCAUUCUUUGUCCUCCAAACACGACGAGUUGAGUUUUUACCAAAAAGUUAUAUUUUGGUUUCAUCUGACCAUAUGACAUUCUCCCAAUCCUCUUCUGGAUCAUCCAAAUGCACUCUAGCAAACUUCAGACGGGCCUGGACAUGUACUGGCUUAAGCAGGGGGACACGUCUGGCACUGCAGGAUUUGAGUCCCUGGCGGCGUAGUGUGUUACUGAUGGUAGGCUUUGUUACUUUGGUCCCAGCUCUCUGCAGGUCAUUCACUAGGUCCCCCCGUGUGGUUCUGGGAUUUUUGCUCACCGUUCUUGUGAUCAUUUUGACCCCACGGGGUGAGAUCUUGCGUGGAGCCCCAGAUCGAGGGAGAUUAUCAGUGGUCUUGUAUGUCUUCCAUUUCCUAAUAAUUGCUCCCACAGUUGAUUUCUUCAAACCAAGCUGCUUACCUAUUGCAGAUUCAGUCUUCCCAGCCUGGUGCAGGUCUACAAUUUUGUUUCUGGUGUCCUUUGACAGCUCUUUGGUCUUGGCCAUAGUGGUGUUUGGAGGUGGACUGUUUGAGGUUGUGGACAGGGUGUUUUUUACUGAGACAAGUUCAAAACAGGUGCUUUAAUACAGGUAAGAGUGGAGGACAGAGGAGCCUCUUAAAGAAGAAGUUACAGGUCGUGAGAGCCAAGAAAUCUUGCUUGUUUUGUAGGUGACCAAAUACUUAUUUUCCACUAAUUUGCAAAUAAAUCAUAAAAAAAUCCUACAAGUGAUUUUCUGGAAUUCUUUUCUCAAUUGUCUGUCAUAGUUGACGUGUAACCUAUGAGAAAAUUACCGCCUUCUCAUCUUUUUAAGUGGGAGAACUGCACAAUGGUGGCUGACUAAAUACUUUUUUUCACCACUGUAUAUGGGGGGGGGAUCCUACGAGUACCCGAACAGUCAAAGGUCAAAUGCCCAUCCCUAACUAAUUCCUGUGUGUGUGUUUUAGAUCCUGACGAGGAGGUUGCGUUUCCGUCUGGAGCGUGCGCCUGGGGAGACGGCGCUGAUUGACCGUACAGGGCGAAUGCUGAAGAUGGAGCCCCUGGCCACCGUGGAGUCUCUGGAGCAGUACCUCCUCAAGAUGGUACCACCCCCUCUACCUCAACCAUGUUUAAUCUUCUCUCUCUAUCUGUCCAUUCAGCAUGUUCAGUCUCAGAGUCAUCUCCUCUCUCCCCCAGGUGGCCAAGCAGUGGUACGACUUUGACAGAUCCUCAUUCAUCUUCGUCAGGAAGCUAAGAGAGGGACAGACCUUCACAUUCAGACAUCAGCAUGAUUUUGACGAGAACGGAAUAGUCUACUGGAUUGGCACCAAUGCAAAGUACGUCUCCUCCCAUCGUCUUUAUGUGUAAAGACCUGAUAAUAAGCUAAAGUCUUAUUAUACAAUACAAUAAAGUAUUUAGAAAAUAACCUUGUAUUAAACUUGUGUGUUUCCUCUGUCUCUAGGACUGCCUAUGAGUGGGUGAACCCAGCAGCCUACGGCCUGGUGGUAGUGACUUCUUCUGAGGGUCGUAAUCUCCCCUAUGGCCGACUGGAGGACAUCCUGAGUCGGGACAGCUCUGCCCUCAACUGCCACACCAACGACGAUAAGAACGCCUGGUUCGCCAUCGACCUGGGCCUGUGGGUCAUCCCCUCGGCCUACACCCUCCGCCACGCCCGUGGCUACGGCCGCUCCGCCCUCAGGAACUGGGUGUUCCAGGUGUCCAAAGACGGCCAGACCUGGAUGAGUCUCUACAACCACAUGGAGGACUGCAGCCUCAACGAGCCAGGGUAAGUAAGCCUUGUCCCAGUCACAAGGGCCUAUAUCCAGGAGCUUAUGGUUAGAACUCAGGACCCUAAACCUAUAAGGCGGAUUCUGACAGUGAGUUUGUCUCCUGUCAUGAAGGUCCACGGCCACUUGGCCUCUGGACCCGUCCAAAGAGGAGAAACAGGGCUGGAGACACAUCCGCAUCAAGCAGAUGGGGAAGAAUGCCAGCGGGCAGACUCACUACCUGUCUCUGUCAGGCCUGGAGAUCUACGGCACCGUCAGUGGCGUGUGUGAGGACCAGCUAGGUAAGAGUCUGCGCCUGUGUUCUCUCGGUUUCUUCUGUCUAGGGGGUUUGGCCUUGCCACUUCUGCUUGCUCUUUGGGGGUCUAAGAUCUUGCCACUGCUGUCAAGAAACAUUCAAAACACGAAAGUAUUUUAACAACGUGUGUGUGCGUGGAGCACUCUUUUUGCUGAGACACUGGUUGUAGUAUGUUUAUGAGUCAUUAUUCAUUAGAUUUGAACGAUGCAAAGCAAUCUGACCAAUCUCCUUCUCCCUUCUACAGGUAAAGCAGUGAAGGAAGCGGAGGCCAACCUGCGCAGGCAGCGGCGUCUGUUCCGCUCCCAGGUGAUGAAGUACAUAGUGCCUGGGGCGCGCGUGGUGCGGGGCAUCGACUGGAAGUGGAGAGACCAGGAUGGCAACCCAGCAGGAGAGGGUACGGUGACGGGGGAGGCCCAUAACGGUAAGACACGAGCCCCACUAUCUAAUAAAACAUCCCUCUGUGUGGAACUGAACACCCACACAGCUUGCAUAGAAAGCUUUUGUUUUUAUAUGAAGAAAGUGUUUGUUAAGAAAUGUUCUGCUGGACUUAGUCGGCUGACAAGAUGAUGCAUGUUUCAACUGCUAAAGCAGGACAUAAUGCAGAGCUUUAUCCCAGAAUAAACCCAUACGUCACCCCAUCAUUAUCACGUAGACAGUGGGGAGUGUUUAUAAUAGUCGUUCAGAGAAAUCGGGCUACGUAACUAUGACGAUUGAACAUAGGAUGUGCAAAAACUAGUAACAAUGGAGUCAUUGAUAAAUAUGGUAGACCAACAACAAAACAAAUUGUGAACAUCAAGUGCAUUUAUAUGCUUUGAGGAGCAUACCUCUAUUACUAACGCUCGUAGAAAAGUCUCACUUUUGUAUGUUAAAUACUGUGGGGUGGGGGGGUCAGCCAGAAGAAAUCAACCAGCAGUUGUUCAUUAUGUCCUUACAUAACAUUUUUUUUUCUAUAACCCUGAUCAGUAACUUUAAAAACAAUGUCUGUAUAAGACAUUGUACAGGUGGAUUGUGGGCGAUGCAACUCAACAUUUCCAAACGGUCCAGUCUUUGUUCCUGGUUUUCCAACUGAAGGCUUUCUCUUCUGCUUCUGACCUCACACUAUAGGCCUAUUAAUUAACCUACUUCUUCUGACCUCACACUAUAGGCCUAUUAAUUAACCUGCUUCUUCUGACCUCACACUAUAGGCCUACUUCCUCCUCUUCAUCCCUAUUGGCAAAUAAGGCAAUGCUUUAUGUUAAUGAAGGAUAAAUAAUAACCUUCAAAAGCACUUUAUCUAACUGUAGAGGCUGAGCACUGACUACAGAGCAGCCUAGUGUUUGAUCAGAGUCAGUGCUACUGCUCUGCUGUGUGACUAGACUGCAUUACGUGGGGCUCAUCCUCCUAUUGCUCUCCUUCCCUGCAUUAUUUUAUUUAUUUUAAAUUUAACCUUUAUUUUUUAUGAUUAAAUACAAGGGGCGUGAAAAGGAUUACAUAUUACCUAUCUCUGUAUGCCAAACGUCUUUUAAAACCACUCCCAUUAUCAUUUACGUAUUUGACUAAACUUGCAAACUGUCACUACCAUUAUACCCUUUUUGUUAUUAGUUUGAUAUUUUGAAGUGCAACCCUCCCCCUCUCCCCCAACUUACCAGGUAACCUUUUCAUACUUGUACAAGCAUUUCCUCCUUCGCUAUCUGUUAGAUCUCUGGGCAGCCAUGUUUCCAGUGUGUUUAAAUACUUUUUGACUAAUUGUCUCCAUCAAUCAGCUGAGUGCAUGUUGAUGUCACAAUUUGCAAGCACUGAAUGGGCUCCAUUGCAAUUGUAUUAUAUUUACAUUGACAAAAAUAUUAUUCAGUUCCUUUUUCUCAAGUGGCUUUCAGCUUUGCAUUUGCAAAAUUCUACCUUGCUUUGUCAUUUUCUGUAACUCAUGAUCUCUAUCUCAUUGCUUCACCUGGACCAGAGUAAUAGAACAUACAGUUUUGUCAAGACAUCCAAUAUCUCAAUUUGACUUGCUAUUGGUUUAACUAUUCAGCACAAUGCUAACAUACUGACUAUCAGCUUCAGCAUAGCUGCAUAGAAUGGCAUACUGAUGGUGAAUAAUGGAUCUAGUCUGAAGCUGUAUUCAGCCCACCUGUAGACAACGUUGCUGUCACAAACAUGGUUAUCUGGUCCAGUGUCGAGCGGAGCUGCUGUCUUGACUUGCUGUCUGCUCUCUGCUGGGUCUCACUACAUUCAUAUCCUUUUCCAGGCUGGAUUGAUGUCACCUGGGAUGCUGGUGGCUCAAACUCUUAUCGUAUGGGUGCUGAAGGAAAAUUUGACCUCAAGCUUGCGCCAGGGUACGACCCUGAGUCUGCGCCGUCACCCAAACCUGUCUCAUCCACUGUUUCAGGCACAGCGCAGUCCUGGAGCAGCCUGGUGAAAAAUAACUGUCCGGACAAGGGCGGCUCCUCCUCGGCUGCAGGGGCCAGCUCCUCCAGCCGGAAGGGCAGUAGCAGCUCGGUGUGUAGUGUGGCCAGCAGCAGCGAUAUCAGUCUCAGCUCCACCAAGGUAGAGCGCCGGGCCGAUAGCCUGCUGGAGCAGGGGGGGGUACUAGGGGUUGGUGGUGGCAUCCCCGGGGCUGAGGGCCAAGAGCCCAUUGUGGUGCUGUCCUCCGCCGAGGCCGGAUCCGCCUCCAGCACCAGCACGUUAACCACCGAGGAGGGUGGCGAGCGGAAAGCGGGCGUGGACAGGCAAGCGGAGGCAGACGCCACGGCCAUCUCCAUGGGACUAGUCAGCGUCAGCUCGCCCGACGUCAGCUCCGUGUCCGAGUCCUCCAGUAAGGAGGCUGCUUCCCAGAGGCCUCUAUGUUCCGUGGCCAGCGCCCGUCUGUCCGUCAGCUCUCUGCUGGCGGCCGGCGCGCCCAUGAGCUCCAGCGCCAGCGUACCCAACCUGUCGUCACGGGAGGCCAGCCUCAUGGAGUCGUUUGUGCGGCGGGCUCCUAACAUGUCCCGCACCAAUGCCACCAACAACAUGAACCUGAGCCGCAGCAGCAGCGACAACAACACCAACACACUGGGACGAAACGUCAUGAGCACUGCCAGUGAGUAUUCAGCCUCUACUGUCUGCAGGCCAGGGACGCAUGAGAUACAUGCAGCCCUCAGUCCUCAGCCUUCAGUCCUCCUCAGCCUUCAGUGCACAUAAAGGGACCACUGCCCAGCCAGCUCACUGGACAUUAUUGGCAUUACUUGUAGAAGGAGCCUUGUAGCUUUGGUUUGAGAUUUGGUCACACUUUUACAUAAACGUAGAGUUUAGCUUCAGCUUGUACGGUAAUACAUUAUCACAUUUGUACAUUAACCUGGAGUAGUAGUCAACAUUAAACUUGUCCUGGCAAUGUAAAAUUAUUUUUAAAAAGUACUGUGAAUGAAUACAUCACAAAAGUAUAUAUAUUUUGUAUAUUGCGUUCAAUAUUGAUAUGAUUGCUAAUCUGACUCUUGAUCACCACACAAAGGGAAGAAACAGGACAGACACUCAUCUAGCCAAGAAGAAGAAAUACUGGCUUCACAUAUCUGAAUGGUGUUCUUGCUUUUGUGCUUCAGUUUUUUUGUGGUUUUCUUUGCUCUAAUAUUAGGCUAUUUUGUUAAACCAAGGAGAAUCAAAUGCUUCACCAAUAAAUUGUAUUUUUGCUUUGCUGACAGUGUAUUUCUGACAUUUUCUAAUUACAGUUUUGCGUCAUCCCUAUGUAGAGUGAGCGGUGGGUCGGUAGAAAUAAUGAUCAGUGCAUACUUUUAUAAUGUUGACCUUUUAAAAGUAAGAUACACUUUUUUUUUUUAAACCUCAAAACAUGACUUCCAGUGGUCGAAAGGUGCUGACUGAGGCUUGAAUGUGACGAGCAUGUGUAGUGGUAGAAGUGCAACCAGCAUUCAGUUUGAAUUGGAACCAGUCAAAAUAAUAACUGCUUAUUUUUCUGUUUGGGAACUAAUCGCAUUUUGGGUUUUUGUUUGCAGCUUCUCCUCUCAUGGGUGCGCAGAGCUUUCCUAACCUCACCACCACUGGUACCACCUCAACUGUUACAAUGUCCACAUCCAUAGUAACCAGCAGCAAUAAUGUAGCCACGGCAACCACAGGUUUGUCGGUUGGCCAGCUGCUCAGUAACACUCUUACGACCAGCCUGACCUCUACGUCUAGUGAGAGUGACACUGGUCAGGAUGCUGAGUUUUCCCUUUAUGGUAGGCUUUACUAGACUUACUAUUAUUAUUCCUGUAUUAUACAGCUCUCAUAUCCUCCUCCACUACUUUUCUGCUUCUUCAUCAUUUAACACUUAUGUGUUUCUACUGCCUAACUUCCAUCUUGUCAUUUCACACUUCUUGACUCAUCAGUGUCCUCCUCGUACAUUUGGCUAGUGCUUUCUGACUGACACUAUAUAAAGUGCAUUAUGAUCAGAGUUGUUUCUAGUGAGAUCUCACCUGCGUCCUACUCUCCCUGCAGACUUCCUGGACAGCUGUCGUGCUAACACAUUAUUGGCUGAGUUAGAUGAUGAGGAGGAUCUGCCUGAGCCAGAUGAUGAUGAUGAUGAUGAGAAUGAGGAUGACAAUCAGGAAGACCAAGAGUAUGAGGAAGUUUUGGUACGGUCCAGGGUAAACCUUGGUUUCCACAUUCAUUUUAAUAGGGUAAAAUCUGUUGCAGUUUCUAUUCAUAUAAAGUGUACUUGUCGAUUGCAUGCUUGCACCCCCUUAAAAAAAGAAUUGCCUGAAAACCUCCCUAUUUCAGUUUGUAAGUUCUUGUGGAUUUCCAAUGUGAAGUGUGUGACUAAAUGUAUGUGAUGUUGUUUUUUCUUUUGUUUUUAUGAAUGUUUGUUUCUCCUGUAAACGUCGAUCUGUGUUGUGUGUAAUACCUUGCCUGCCACUCCCAGAGAACUGAGGGCUGUUGUUCAUGUCCUGUUUUAUCAGGAAGAGGAAGAGUAUGAAACCAAAGGGGGUCGGCGUAGAACCUGGGACGAUGACUUUGUCCUCAAACGCCAGUUCUCUGCUUUAGUCCCGGCGUUUGACCCCAGGCCAGGCCGGACCAACGUCCAGCAGACUACUGACCUGGAGAUACCUCCCCCAGGUACACAAACACGACACGAGUAUUCAGUUCAAUAUUUAUGACUGUGGAUGGACUUGGAUUGUACAUGAUUACUAGACAAAUGGCAAGUCUUUCACACAUACUUAAAUUGCACCCUAGGGCACAGUGGUGAGCUCUUUCCUCAUGUUUUUCCUUGUCCUUGCAGGUACACCUCGAUCUGAAGUCCAGGAGGAGGUUGAGUGUGCCCCCUCCCCUCACCUCGCCCUCAUCCUCAAAGUGGCAGGGCUUGGAACCACCCGAGAAGUUGAACUACCUCUCUCCAACUACAAGGGUACUAUAUUUUACUAUGUCCAGAAGCUUCUACAGCUCUCCUGCAACGGGAGCAUCAAAUCGGAUAAACUACGCCGGAUCUGGGAACCCACGUACACGUAAGUCUGCCUGGCAGGGUGCUAGUUGUUUAGGUGUUUUUAGUUUUUCCUAAUGAUUCUAACUUGACGCUAUGAUGAAACCUAAACUGAAAAUAGCUGGAAUUACUGGCAGAUUUUUUAUUUUAUUUUAUUUAACCUUUAUUUAACCAGGUUAGCCAGUUGAGAACAAGUUCUCAUUUACAACUGCGACCUGGCCAAGAUAAAGCAAAGCAGUGCGAUAAAAACAACACAGAGUUACAUAUGGGGUAAAACAAAACAUAAAGUAAAAAAAUAUAACAGAAAAUAUAUAUACAGUGUGUGCAAAUGUAGCAAGUUAUGGAGGUAAGGCAAUAAAUAGGCUAUAGUGCAAAAUAAUUACAAUUAGUAUUAACACUGGAAUGCUAGAUGUGCAAGAGAUUGUGCAAAUAGAGAUACUGGGGUGCAAAAGAGCAAAAUAAAUAACAAUAUAGGGAUGAGGUAGUUGGGUGGGCUAAUUUCAGAUGGGCUGUGUACAGGUGCAGUGAUCGGUAAGGUGCUCUGACAACUGAUGCUUAAAGUUAGUGAGGGAGAUAAGAGUCUCCAGCUUCUCCUUUUGAGCUCCAUUUUUACUUUGUUUUGCAGGAUAAUGUACAGAGAAUUGAAGGAUUUGGACAAAGAGAAGGAAAGCAGAAAGAUGGUAAAUGACCAGUUUCACCCCCCCCCACCCACCCCCAGUCUUUCUCCUGCCCAUUUUUAAAAUCUUUGCUGUGAAUUUUUUGUGGCUGUUUUCAAUGUGUAGCAAAAUGCUCCUCCAGUUAGACAGACCUAGUCUGGAAAACCCUACCCUAGGCAACAGUGACUCUUUAGGCAUAGAGGAACUACGUCACUAGCUUAUCUGCUUGAAUACAAUUAAAAAUAGUAGCUAGCAAGAUUGAGAUCACUGAGGUUAUUUUUUAUGAGUGCAUUUCGCAAGUGGCUAGUUUGCGUCAACUAUCCUCAAUAAAACCACCGCAAAGAUUUUGCCUGCAAACUUUGGUUUCGAAUCGCAACAUUCUGGAAUGUCUGCAUCGUGAUUUGUUGGGAGAGUUGUCUAUCUGAAGAGGACCCACCAUGGAACAAGGAAAACAUUAUUUUUUUUUCUCAUCGAAGUUGCCAAAAGAGUCUGUAAUUGAAAUCAGACCCUAGUCACUGUUGCCUAGGGUCGGGUUUUCGAGACUAAGACAGACCUACUUCACUAACCUUUAAAGCAGCAAGGAUACUGUGACUAAAAACCCUAUUAGUAAUAAUGUAUCUAGAGUAACUGCACGGGCCUCUUUAGUGGUUAAACCAAUCUACUGUAAUGCAUGUCUAUUUGCGUUGAGACUUUACAACCAGGAAAGACCAACAUUUGGUUCUUCCUGUUGUAGGGUUGCUGGUCUGUAGAGCAUGUGGCGCAAUACCUUGGCACUGAUGAAUUACCAAAGAAUGACUUGAUAACCUACAUGCAGAAGAAUGCAGACUCCUCUUUCCUGCGCCACUGGAAAUUAACCGGCACUAAUAAAAGUAUUAGGAAAAACAGAAAUUGUUCUCAGCUCAUAGCUGCAUACAAGGUAUAGACCGGCAUCAAGAUGUUGCUUAUCUGUUUAUAUAUCUAUUUAUUUUCCCUUCACUGUUUUGAUAUCGUUUUCCUUCUUGCUUGACUGUCACUUGUCUAGCCACUUGUUAAACAGUUUUUGCUGUUCUCUUAACUUUAUCCAAAUGGCUUGUUGGCUGUUCUGUAAAUAAUGUAUUACCAUGAUUUACAUUGUUGUGAAUCUGUUCCCUUUCAUUAUUCUGUUGUUGGACGAACAUAAUGAUUGUGAGAAUGCAGUAACUGAAUGUAUGUGCAGCAAAAUAGCCAUGUCCAGUUUUAUGCUACUGUCUUCGCUGUUAAUCAGAGAGUUUGUAAAGUCAGGUAGCUGAAGGAAACAUCAGGUUUAAACCACAGUCCAUAUGAUUGCUUGCAGGACUUCUGUGAGCAUGGGUGCAGGUCGGGGUGCCUGAGCCCUGGGUCUCUGGGUGCCAUGCAGACGUGUGACAUCCUGAAUGUGGCCAGUGAGCAGGCCCAGGCCAAGGCUGGCUCCAGCCAGAGCACCUGCGGAGUGGAGGACGUGCUCCAGCUGCUCCGCAUCCUAUUCAUCAUCGGGGGAGACCCCCACGCCCACACACGCACCUUCCAGGAAGGUACGGAUACACACCUAACACCACCUCAGACCACCCUCCCCCAGCACAUAUCACCUGAAUACAAGAUAAUAUGCUACCUUAUUUUAUUAUCCUCUUGCAGUGAAAAUGUUACUUGUUAGUGUUCUUAAUAACAUGUGUUGUUAAACCACUGUUUUUGACAAUAUGUAGAGGAUCUCCAAUUCAAUGCAUCGCCCGAGGAAUUCACCAGCAAGAAAGUCACAACGAAGAUUCUCCAGCAGAUUGAGGAGCCGCUGGCCCUGGCCAGCGGGGCUCUCCCAGACUGGUGUGAGCAGCUUACCAGCAAGUGUCCUUUCCUCAUCCCCUUCGAGACCCGGCAGCUCUACUUCACCUGCACUGCAUUUGGAGCCUCCAGGUUAGUGCUGCUUGACAUUUUAAAGAAAAUGGGUGUCUGAGAAUGGCGCCGGAGGAGAUGGCUGCCGUUUUACGGCCCCUAACCAAUUGUGCUAUUACAGUUUAAGUCGGAGGUUUACGUACACCUUAGCCAAAUACAUUUAAACUCAGUUUUUCACAAUUCCUGACAUUUAAUCCUAGUAAAAAUUCCCUGUUUUAGGUCAGUUAGGAUCACCACUUUAUUUUAAGAAUGUGAAAUGCCAGAAUAAUUGUAGAGCGAAUUAUUUAUUUAAGCUUUUAUUUCAUUCAUCACAUUCCCAGUGGGUCAGAAGUUGACAUACUCAAUUAGUAUUUGGUAACAUUGCCUUUAAAUUGUUUAACUUGGGUCAAACGUUUCGGGUAGCCUUCCAUGAAUUUUGGCCCAUUCCAACUGACAGAGCUGGUGUAACUGAGUCAGGUUUGUAGGCCACCUUGCUCUCACACGCUUUUUUAGUUCUGCCCACAAAUGUUCUAUAGGAUUGAGGUCAGGGCUUUGUGAUGGCCACUCCAAUACCUUGACUUUGUUUUCCUUAAGCCAUUUUGCCACAACUUUGGAAGUAUGCUUGGGGUCACUGUCCAUUUGGAAGACCCAUUUGCGACCAAGCUUUAACUUCCUGACUGAUGUCUUGAGAUGUUGCUUCAAUAUAUCCACAUAAUUUUUCUUCCUCAUGAUGCCAUCUAUUUUGUGAAGUGCACCAGUCCCUCCUGCAGUAAAGCACCCCCACAGCAUGAUGUUGCCACCCCCGUGCUUCACGGUUGGGAUGGUGUUCUUCGGCUUGCAAGCCCUUCCCCUUUUUCCUCCAAACAUAACGAUGGUCAUUAUGGCCAAACAGUUCUAUUUUUGUUUCAUCAGACCAGAGGACAUUUCUCCAAAAAGUACGAUCUUUGUCCCCACGUGCAGCUACAAAACGUAGUCUGGCAUUUUUAUGGCGGUUUUGGAGCAGUGGCUUCUUCCUUUCUGAACGGCUUUUCAGGUUAUGUCGAUAUAGGACUCGUUUUACUGUGGAUAUAGAUACUUUUGUACCUGUUUCCUCCAGCAUCUUCACAAGGUCCUUUGCUGUUGUUCUGGGAUUGAUUUGCACUUUUCGCACCAAAGUACGUUCAUCUCUAGGAGACAGAACACAUCUCCUUCCUGAGCGGUAUGACGGCUGCGUGGUCCCAUGGUGUUUAUACUUGCGUACUAUUGUUUGUACAGAUGAACGUGGUACCUUCAGGCAUUUGGAAAUUGCUCAAAAGGAUGAACCAGACUUGUGGAGGUCUACAAUUUUUUUUCUGAGGUCUUGGCUGAUUUCUUUUGAUUUUCCCAUGAUGUCAACCAAAGAGGCACUGAAUUUGAAGGUAGGCCUUGAAAUACAUCCACAGGUACACCUCCAAUUGACUCAAAUCAUGUCAAUUAGCCUAUCAGAAGCUUCUAAAGCCAUGACAUCAUUUUUUGGAAUUUUCCAAGCUGUUUAAAGGCACAGUCAACUUAGUGUAUGUAAACUUCUGACCCACUGGAAUUGUGAUACAGUGAAUUAUAAGUGAAAUAAUCUGUCUGUAAACAAUUGUUGGAAAAAUUACUUGUGUCGUGCCAAAACUGUAGUUUGUUAACAAGAAAUUUGUGGAGUGGUUGAAAAAUGAGUUUUAAUGACUCCAACCUAAGUGUAUGUAAAUUUCAGACUUCAACUGUAUGUGUGUUUUUUUCACAUUAUUUGUAAUUUAUUCUGUACAUAAUGUUUCUGCCACAGUCUCUUAUGACCAAAAAGAGCUUCUGGAUAUCAGGACAGCGAUUACUUGCCUCGUAUUGGACAAAGAUUUUUUCUUCAACGAGUCGGACGCAAGGAUAUUCUACAGACAUCCGACAAGGCCCAAAUCCCUGUCAUUCGCAUGAGAAAGAGACGGAAAUAUCGUGGACGUAGGUCGGGGUGCCUUGUAAGGAUCUGAGGGCGAUCGAGUAAUCUGCCUCUUCCAUCAGUCCUAUUAGCCAAUGUGCAAUCAUUGGAAAAUGAAAUGGAUGACCUAAGAUCAAGGAUAUCCUACCAAUGGGACAUUAACUGUAAUAUCUUAUGUUUCACCGAGUCGUGGCUGAACGAUGACAUGGAUAAUAUACAGCUGGCGGGAUAUACGCUGCAUCAGCAGGAUAGAACGACUGUAAACAACAGCUGGUGCACGAAAUCUAAUAUUAAGGAAGUCUCAAGGUUUUGCUCGCCUGAGGUUGAGUAUCUCAUGAUAAGCUGUAGACCAAACUAUUUUUCGUAGCUGUCUAUUUACCAACACAUGCUGGCACUAAGAUUGCAUUCAAUGAGCUGUAUAAGGCCAUAAGCAAACAAGAAAACGCUCAUCCAGAGGCAGCGCUCCUAGUGGAUGAGAACUUUAAUGCAGGGAAACUUACAUCCGUUCUACCUCAUUUCUACUAGCAUGUUAAAUGUGCAACCAGAGGAAAAAAAACUCUAGACCACAUUUACUCCACACACAGAGACGUGUACAAAGCUCUCCCUCGCCCUCCAUUUGGCAAAUCUGACCAUAAUUAUAUCCUCCUGAUUCCUGCUUAUAAGCAAAAACUAAAGCAUGAAGCACCAGUGACUCGGUUAAUAAGGAAGUGGUCAGAUGACGUAGAUGCUAAGCUACAGGACUGUUUUGCUAGCACAGACUGGAAUAUGUUCCGGGAUUCUUCCGAUGGCAUUGAGGAGUACACCACAUCAGUCACUGGCUUCAUCAAUAAGCGCAUCGAUGACGUCGUCCCCACAGUGACCGUACUUACAUACCCCAACCAGAAGCCAUGGAUUACAGGCAACAUCCGCACUGAGCUAAAGGGUACAGCUGCCGCUUUCAAGGAGCGAGACUCUAACCUGGAUGCUUAUAAGAAAUCCAGCUAUGCCCUUUGACGAACCAUCAAACAGGCAAAGAGUCAAUACAGGACUAAGAUUGAAUCGUACAUCACUGGCUCCGACGCUCGUCGGAUGUGGCAGGGCUUGCAAACUUACAGAUUACAAAGGGAAGCACAGCCGCGAGCUGCAGUGACACAAGCCUACCAGAUGAGCUAAAUCCCUUCUAUGCUCGCUUCGAGGCAAGCAACACUGAAGCAUGCAUGAGAGCAUCAGCUGUUCCGGAUGACUAUGUGAGCACGCUCUCCGUAGCCGACGUGAGGAAGACUUUUAAGCAGGUCAACAUUCACAAGGCCGCAGGGCCAGACUGAUUACCAGGACGUGUACUCUGCGCAUGCGCUGACCAACUGGCAAGUGUCUUCACUGACAUUUUCAACAUGUCCCUGACUGAGUCUGUAAUACCAACAUGUUUCAAGCAGACCAUCAUAAGUCCCUGUGCCCAAGAACACCAAGAUAACCUUCCUAAAUGACCUCCGACCCAUAGCACUCACAUCUGUAGCCAUGAAGUGCUUUGAAAGGCUGGUCAUGGCUCACAUCAACACCAUUAUCCCAGAAACCCUAGACGCACUCCAAUUUGCAUACCGCCCCAACAGAUCCACAGAUGAUGCGAUCUCUAUUGCAAUCCACACUUCCCUUUCCCACCUGGACAAGAGGAACACCUACGUGAGAAUGCUAUUCGCAUUGACUACAGCUCAGCGUUCAACACCAUAGUUCCCUCAAAGCUCAUCACUAAGCUAAGGACUCUGGGACUAAACACCUCCCUCUGCAACUGGAUCCUGGACUUCCUGACGGGCCACCCCCAGGUGGUAAGGGUAGGUAACAACACAUCUGCCACGCUGAUCCUCAACACGGGGGCCCCUCAGCGGUGCGUGCUCAGUACCCUCCUGUACUCCCUGUUCACCCAUGACUGCAUGGCCAGGCACGACUCCAACACAAUCAUUAAGUUUGCCGACGACACAACAGUGGUAGGCCUGAUCACCGAAAACGAUGAGACAGCCUAUAGGGAGGAGGUUUGAGACCUGGCCGUGUGGUGCCAGGAUAACAACCUCUCCCUCAACGUGAUCAAGACAAAGGAGAUGAUUGUUGACUACAGGAAAAAAAGAGGACUGAGCACGCCCCCAUUCUCAUCGACAAGGCUGUAGUGGAACAGGUUGAGAGCUUCAAGUUCCCUGGUGUCCAUCACCAACAAACUAUCAUGGUCCAAACACACGAAGACAGUCGUGAAGAGGGAACGACAAAGCCUAUUCCCCCUCAGGAGACUGAAAAGCUUUGGCAUGGGUCCUCAGAUCCUCAAAGUUCUACAGCUGCACCAUCAAGAGCAUCCUGACAUCACCGCCUGGUAUGGUAACUGCUCGGUCUCCGACCGCAAGGCACUACAGAGGGUAGUGUGUAUGGCCCAGUACAUCACUGGGGCAAAGCUUCCUGCCAUCCAGGACCUCUAUACCAGGCGGUGUCAGCGGAAGGCCCUAAAAAUGGACAAAGACUCCAGCCACCCUAGUCAGACUGUUCUUUCUGCUACCGCAGCGGUACCGGAGCGCCAAGUCUAAGUCCAAAAGGCUUGAACAGCUUCUACCACCAAGCUAUAAGACUCCUGAACAGCUAAUCAUGGCUACCCGGACUAUUUGCAUUGUCCCCCCCACCCCAAGCCCUCUUUUACACUGCUGCUACACUAUUAUCUAUGCAUAGUCACUUUAACUCUACCCACAUGUACAUAUUACCUCAAUUACCUCGACUAGCCGGUGCCCCCGCACAUUGACUCUGUACCGGUACCCCCUGUAUAUAGCCUCCAUACCGUUACUUUAUUUUACUGCUGCUCUUUUAAUUAUGUUAUUUUGAUUUUUUACUUAUUAUUUUUUUUAACACUUAUUUUUCUUAACUGCAUUGUUGGUUAAGGGCUUGUAAGUAAGCAUUUCACUGUAAGGUCUACUACACCUGUUGUAUUCGGCGCAUGUGGCAAAUACAAUUUUAUUUUUAUUUGUCUUGCUCUGUACUUUCCUGAAACUGGUGCAACUUCUUCUCACAUCCACACACAUUUUAUGUCUUUGCUUAUAUAUCAUUGAGUAGCAAACUAUUACAGCUCUCGCAUAUUACAGGGCCAAUUAUUGCUGUUCAUUUCAUUGACUUUGUACUGUACUGUCUGUGUACCUCAGGGCGGUAGUGUGGCUGCAGAACCGGCGGGAGGCAACCAUGGAGCGCUCGCGGCCCUCCACCACGGUGCGGAGAGACGACCCUGGGGAGUUCAGGGUGGGCCGGCUCAAACACGAGAGAGUCAAGGUCCCCCGCGGAGACCAGAUGAUGGAGUGGGCCGAGAGCGUCAUGCAGAUCCACGCCGACAGGAAAUCUGUUUUGGAGGUAAAACACCACACCUGAUAAAACCAGAUUAAUUGUACUCCUGGACUAAAAAGCAUGCUCAAUGGAGAGUGUGUGAAGGGAUUAUUGAUUGUCAUUGGUACCAUGAAUAAGUGCUCCAUGUAAUGCUAAAUGGUGUGAUAAGUACUCAUUCAUCCAAUUCAUACAUCUUGUAAUCUUACAGUACAUGUGUUUUUUUCCAGCUUGAUAAUGUCUUCACAUAAUUAAUUAUUUGAUUGGCAUGGCCACAAGAGGUCAUAGUGACUGGUUAUGAGAUGUCUAUGAGAGGUCAUAGUGACUGGUUAUGAGAUGUCUAUGAGAGGUCAUAGUGACUGGUUAUGAGAUGUCUAUGAGAGGUCAUAGUGACUGGUUAUGAGAUGUCUAUGAGAGGUCAUAGUGACUGGUUAUGAGAUGUCUAUGAGAGGUCAUAGUGACUGGUUAUGAGAUGGCUAUGAGAGGUCGUAGUGACUGACCAGUGUGUCUCUCUCCCCAGGUUGAGUUCCAGGGGGAGGAGGGUACAGGCCUGGGUCCCACACUGGAGUUCUACGCUCUGGUGGCAGCUGAGUUCCAGAGGACCUCCCUGGGUAUCUGGCUCUGUGAUGAUGACUUCCCAGACGAUGAGUCUCGCCAGGCAAGUGCUGCUUCACUGUCACAUCAUUAAAACGUAGAUCUAAACAGUAAUAUUUGGACUCAUACAAUUCACAUUUGCACAAUUGACAAUAUCCAUGAAGUGGCAUGUUCAAAUUUUCUUAAAGAACAAGAUUAUUUAAAUUUUGUGAUUUUAUAAACCAUGUCAGUGUCACUUUUAAUUAUUUUUUGGGGGGUUAAGGCCAUGUCAAUGAAAAUGCCCUGCUUUUUAUUGACUGUGUGUUGUGUACUAUCAGGUGGAUCUGGGUGGGGGUCUGAAACCUCCAGGCUACUAUGUCCAGCGCUCCUGCGGCCUGUUCCCCGCACCAUUCCCCCAGGACAGUGAUGAGCUGGAGCGCCUCAGCAAACUCUUCCUCUUCUUGGGGGUCUUCCUGGCCAAGUGCAUUCAGGACAACCGCCUGGUGGACCUUCCCAUCUCACGACCCUUCUUCAAGUUGCUCUGUAUGGGUGACAUCAAGAGCAACAUGUCCAAGCUGCUGUACGCAUCCCGCGGGGGCCCUCUCCUCCUCGAUCCCACUGAGCAGCACCGCCACUUCUCAGAGAUCCAGUCAGAGGCGUCCACCGAGGAGAGCCAGGACACAUAUUCCGUCGGCAGCUUUGACGAGGACUCCAAGUCCGAGUUCAUCCUGGACCCCCCUAAACCCAAGCCCCCGGCCUGGUACCACGGCAUCCUGACCUGGGAGGACUUUGAGCGGGUCAACCCCCACCGGGCCAAGUUCCUGAAGGAGAUGAAGGAGCUGGCGGUGAAGAGGAGGCUGAUCCUGGGGAACAACAGUCAGUCUGAGGAUGAGAAGAACACUAGGCUGCAGGACCUCAUGCUGAAGAACCCCAUGGGCUCCGGACCCCCGCUUAGUGUAGAGGACCUAGGGUGAGCACAGCUACUACCACCACUCUUACUGAGAGCUUCUUAAAUUAGUCAGGCAUUCAGUGGAUACUAUCCUGAACUGGAAUGACAUUUGUGCUAAUUACAUUGUUUUGUAGGCUAUGUAUAACCACUUUUGAAUUUCUUCACUUUCCUUUUGUCAGUUUCCCAUGAUGCUGAUAUAGUAUUUGAUCUUGACAGCUGUAAAGUUAUGUAGUCAUUCAACAUGGCUAAUUUUGAGUCCCUUUUCCCUCAGAUUGAAUUUCCAGUUCUGCCCCUCAUCCAAAGUGCAUGGGUUCUCAGCAGUGGACCUGAAGCCCAAUGCAGAUGACGAGGUAGGUAGAGCACCACUAUUGGCUCUGACCUGUUUUAUUAAUUAGAUGAGUGGUGUCUGAAUAUGUCCUGUUUCCCUCGCUGUUCAUCCAUCCAGAUGGUGACCAUGGAUAAUGCUGAGGAGUACGUGGAGCUCAUGUUUGACUUCUGCAUGCACACUGGCAUCCAGAAACAAAUGGAGGCGUUCAGAGGUAUGCCUGUUAAAAUGACUGGCAGAUUGGAUAUCUUCAGCGUUAGUCAUCACAAACAAGUUUAUUUUUCUACUCUACAUUUUGGAUGUAAUGAAAUGAAUGGUUCCUUUCUCAGAGGGCUUUAACCGAGUGUUCCCCAUGGAGAAGCUGAGCUCCUUCAGUCACAAGGAGGUGCAGAUGAUUCUGUGUGGAAACCAGUCUCCAUCCUGGACAUCUGAAGACGUCAUGAACUACACAGAGCCCAAGCUGGGCUACACUAGGGACAGGUAUGAUGACCCUCCAUCUACUGCAGCUUGUAGAAUAGAUAACUUCCUCUGGCCAGCUUGGAAAUAGGUUCUUUGUCGUUAGAUCUCCUUGUAUUUACUGUGUUAGUCAUGAUUUAAAAGGGGCUCAAAUGACAAGAACUGAAAUGGGAAGGUCGCUGACAUGACCAGAACAUAACUUAUCUUUGUUUCUGGAGGAACAUAAGGCCUGUACUCAAGUACCAGUACAUCAACUGGCACUAUCUAACAGCUGGUUGUUUUCAUAUCUCACUGAAGAGUCCUUUUUAACGGUUUUAUCGGUUCUCUUGUCCUCCCCACAGUCCUGGGUUCCUGCGUUUUGUGCGGGUUCUGUGUGGCAUGUCGUCUGACGAGAGGAAAGCCUUCCUCCAGUUCACCACUGGAUGCUCCACUCUGCCCCCUGGUGGUCUGGCAAACCUGCACCCACGCCUCACCAUCGUUCGAAAGGUAAGGAAGGACUCUCCAUGAUGCAAAUCACUGCUGAGUUUAGGAAGCUAUGUCAACCUCGCAGUACAGUAAGCCAUCCUAAUGAGAUUGAUAUUGACAUGUUUCAGAAAUUCUACCAGUAGGAAUUUGGGGAAUGUUUGAAAUUAAAUGUAUUCUGUUUAGCUUUAAAACAUAGUAUUAUAUUAUCAUCCAAGAAUGACACUACCUCCAUCACUAAUAUCUGCCACUCCAUACCUCUGGGAUUAUAGAGCAGGGUUCAAACUACACUGAACAAAAAUAUAAACGCAACAUGUGAAGUGUUGGUCCCAUGUUUCAUGAGCUGAAAUAAAAAUGUGCACACAUUUCUUUACAUCCCUGUUAGCGAGCAUUUCUACUUUGCCAAGAUAAUCCAUCCUCCUGACAGGUGUGGCAUAUCAAGAAGCUGAUUAAACAGCAUGAUCAUUACACAGGUGUACCUUGUGCUGGGGACAAUAAAAGGCCACUCUAAAAUGUGCAGUUUUGUCACACAACACAAUGCCACAGAUGUCUCAAGUUUUGAUGGAGUGUCAAUUGGCAUGCUGACUGCAGGAAUGUCCACCAGAGCUGUUGCCAGAUAGUUUUAUGUUCAUUUCUCCAUCCUAAGCCGCGUCCAAUGUCAUUUUAGAGAAUUUGGCAGUACGUCCAACCUAACUCACAACCACAGACCAUGUGUAUGGCGGCAUGUAAGUGAGUGGUUUGCUGAUGUCAACGUUGUGAACAGUGUCCCAUGGUGGGGUUAUGGUAUGGGCAGGCAUAAGCUACGGACAACGAACACAAUUGCAUUUUAUCGAUGGCAAUUUGAAUGCAUAGAGAUACCGUGACGAGAUCCUGAGGCCCAUUGUCGUGCCAUUCAUCCGCUGCCAUCACCUCAUGUUUCAGCAUGAUAAUGUACGGCCCCAUGUCACAAGGAUCUGUACACGAUUCCUGGAAACUGAAAAUGUCCCAGUUCUUCCAUGGCAUGCAUACUCACCAGACAUGUGACCCAUUGAGCAUGUUUGGGAUGCUCUGGAUCGAUGUGUACGACAGCGUGUUCCAGUUCCCGCCAAUAUCCAGCAACUUCACACAGUCAUUGAAGCGGAGUGGGACAACAUUCCACAGGCCACAAUCAUCAGCCUGAUCAACUCUAUGCAAAGGAGAUGUGUCGCACUGUAUGAGGCAAAUGGUGGUCACACCAGAUACUGUUUUUUUUUUUUUUUAAGGUAUCUGUGACCAACCGAUGCAUGUCUGUAUUCCCAGUCGUGAAAUCCAUAGUUUAGGGCCUAAUGAACUUAUUUCAAUUGACUGAUUUCCUCAUAUGAACUGGAACUGAAAUCUUUGAAAUUGUUGCAUGUUGCGUUUAUAUUUUUGUUCAGUAUAUAGUUACCGCAAGGUGACUGCAAUGCAAUUAAACUAAUUGUUCCUUUCGUAGGUGGACGCGACAGACUCCAGCUAUCCCUCUGUUAACACUUGUGUACACUAUCUGAAGCUGCCAGAGUAUUCCUCUGAAGACAUCAUGAGAGAGCGCCUCCUAGCAGCCACCAUGGAGAAGGGCUUCCACCUCAACUGA